AUGUCUACGGACCUCGUCCUCAGCCGAGGUUGUCGCCACAACGAUUGGUGGUCCAUUCCCCAGACCUCUGUUGAAUUCUGUAGAAGCUGCGGAUUUUCCCUCAUCUAUGCUGCCAGUCGCCCUUCUAAAGACGUCUACGCUGAAGUUCAGGUGCAACCUCGUCCUCAAGACACGUUCGAUCCGGCGCGGGUCACACCGUCUGGUGCCCGCAGCUACCAGUACCAGCCUCUAGAUCUUACGAAUGGGCGCCAGAUUCGUGUUCUCGUGCUUAAGGCGGGAAGGCUCGAAGAUCCUCUCCAGUGCGAAUUGGAACAUGUCAACCUGCAGCAGGGGCCCAUCUACGAAGCGCUUUCGUACACCUGGGCCGACGAUAAAGGUGAUAACUCAAUCAGCAGAGCAAUACAAUGCGGCUAUGAUGGUCAGUUCAUCGGCAUCACCAGUAACUGCGAGUUAGCUCUCUUGCGCCUUCGCAAACAAGAUGUGGAUCGUCGACUGUGGGUUGACGCCGUGUGCAUUGAUCAGUCCAACAUCUUGGAGCGGAAUCACCAGGUCAAGAAUAUGAUUGCCAUUUUCCGAAGCGCAAUUCGUGUUGUGGUCUUCUUGGGUGAAGGAAAUCCCAUUCUCGACCGACUAGUAGACUACAUGAGCAAUGACACUGGCGGCCAGUUACCACAGGUCACGGACUUUAUCUCUCUGUUUCGAAGCCGGUGGUUCCAUCGAGUGUGGGUGCUACAGGAGGUUGCUGUGGCCAAGAGCAUCUUGGUCAUGUAUGGAAUGAAGCAAAUGAGCUGGGUGGACUUGAUUAAGCAUGGAAAUCUCUUCUUACGACUUAUGGCGGCUCGCAAUCUCUCUUUGGUGCUGCCUCCAGUCAUAUCUUACGGCCUACGACAGACGGAGGCGGGAGACCGCCGAUUGAAAGGGCGCUCGGAUCUCUUGUCCUUGUUGCAAGUCUCGCGGAAUUGUGCCUGCAAGGAUGCUCGAGACAAGGUGUAUUCCAUCCUGGGACUCCUACAAGAGGAGCCGGUGCUAUCACUACAAGCGGAUUAUUCACCCUCCACCACAGCUGGCUGGGUGUUUCUGCAAGUUGCUGCCUGGCAUGUCGAUACCACCAAGACCUUGGAGAUUCUCUCACAAGUGGACGGAACAUCAGCAUUAAACAUGCCAUCGUGGGUUCCGGACUGGACGAGAAAAUCUCCAACUGCUUUGCCGCCACAAUUCAAAGUGCCCCAAGAAUUCUCUGCUCCCUGGAUCAGGGCCUUAAAUAACCAGACCCUACGUUCAACGGCCAGGCUUAGUUACCCCCUGGGAUGUGUGCUCGAAGUUACUGGACGAAGGUACGGUACCGUCUGGACAGACAGGAAGAUCUUUGGCAAAGCUCUGGUUCUUCCAGGCAGCGCCGGCAGAGCUACCGACAGCAACAAAUCGGACCCGCACGUUCCUAGCCCGUCCUCGAUAAACGACAAUAUUCACUGGCUACUUAACCCGUCUCAGAAUCCGGGGACUCGGCGCUGCGACGGAAGGCUGGACUUCUGGGGUCGAAUCCUUUCGUUAUACCACGGUGCCACCCCUUCUGGUGACUUCAAGGUCGACGAUACAGUUUUCCGCGCGGACAUACCGCCAGCCUUUGGUGGAUUCUGCUCGAACUGUUUCGAGAUGGACCAGAUGCACUGGCAAAGAAUCAAGCGGGCUAUGAAGCUUGACGUGAAUCAGGCGACUGACCAGGCAACCAAGCAAGCUAUGGCUUCCUGGGAUACGGCCAAAUGGGUUAGCGAGAACACCAUCAGUCAAACUACGAAGGACACGAUAAAAAAUGUUUUGGAGCAAGCGACUAAGGAUGCAGCUGGGGAGGCGAUCAGACAGGUUAUGAUAGACUCGAAUUGGGUCACCUGGGCCAACAAGAUGGCUAUCAGUAAGUCCAUCCAUCAGUCUAUCAGGCAAGCCAUUGAGCGGGCCAUGGCUAUGACCAACCAACCUUUUCCCGACCGGGCUAUCCAGCAGGCCACCGACCAGCAUGCUGAAGUGGUCGAACAAGCCGUCAAUCGUACUAUUGAACUGGCCAAUAAGAAGGUGACAUGCUGUUGCAUGUCUCAAUCACCAUCUCCGGGGCACUUUGACAAAGAUGAGUUGGACAACUUCAUCACAAACAUGAGCCAAUACGGCAUGGGCCGUAGGAUAUUCGGUACGGAUCACUCGCUUGGCCUCGGCCCGACGGAACUUGAAGACUGGGAUGAGUCCGCAACCGCAUACGUCCCGGUUCCUUGGAUCAGAGAACAGCUACUCCGACGCAAAGGUCUCCAGCUUCAUCAGGUAGCUGGUAUUUUCCAUGAUCAAUCCAUUCUCAACUCCUUCGCCAUCGCUGAGACGCUCGUUGAGCAAGACCGAUUUGAUGAGGCAGAGGAAAUCCUGCAAACCAUCAUCCGGGGCCAACGGGCAGCUGCGGUGCACGACAAAGCAAUAGAGCUCCUUGGUUCUCUCUACAAGACAUGGUAUCACCGUCUGUUCCUCGACGACGUUGUUGUGCUUCCCGACAAUGUUGAUGUCGAAGCAACGAGGAUAUUGGAAUCCUUUAUUUCUCUCCACCUUGAACUCUCAGAUAUGCCAUCGGCGUCAUGUCUGGACAAUCUUGGCAGGGUGCUGGCUUGGGCGGGCCUGGACAAGGACGCCGAGCAAGCUAUGUCCUUCAAGAUGCUGCUUCUCAGAAUGAAGAGCGAAGACGGGACUCAAGAGUCAUUCGGAUGCUGCGAUAUCUGCAGCCAGAACAUACCCUUGGAGGUGGCGUAUUUCUGCCGCAUGUGCGAGAGCAUGAAUGUGUGCCAACGUUGCUAUGAUGCGAACCUUGGAAAUGCAGCCUGCAACUUGUCCAGCUGCUUUCCACAUCUCAUCAAAGUGGCGCCUGAAAAAACCACCGAAAACAUUGCUGGGCGAAUAAAGGCCUGGCUUCCCCCUCUCUUGGAUACUGUCCGGUCUUGGAACUUGGAAACAGGAGCCGAGAAGGAAAGGAUGUCUCCAAAACGACUCUUCUCGUCUGACGACUUGCAGACAGCGGUGCGAUUGUGCGACGAUGUCGAAGCGGACGACCGUGACUUCAUCAGUCUACUUUCAGUUCUUCACGCUGUCCUGAUGCAGAGCGUCCAGACAGAUGAGUUCAAGACACUGUUCCAGGCUCAGGAAGGUCCGAAUGUGCUUUCUACCAUCGGUCUACUAGCCAUGGUUAGCAACACGCGGUCUGGACUUACUCUGAAGUAUCAGGAUGCAUUUUGCGGUGAUGGCUUCGAUGAGUGGGAUGUUCCCAGUCUGCUCCCCGCAGAAGCCGAAAAUCUCGACUUGGAAGAUAGCGAGAUGGCGGACGAAUACGGACAGUCUCUUGCUCAGGUGGCUGCCCGCGUGAUCCAGCUGGCACGUCCGAAAGACAGGAAAUCACUUGAGCCAACCAAAGACAUCCGAGACAGCAACUCAGACGUCAACAAAUGCAAAGCCCUACAGAAGAGGCGUUCUAUUCCACAAGAACUCUACGGCGCUUUGAACCUCCACUCAAAUCCCGAUGCAAUCCGCCUCGUUGAACUGCUUCCUGGGACGGGCAAGGAUCCUAUUCGAUGCAAUUUGCGCAUCGAAUCCCGAGCCGAUGAGCAACUCUCGUACCAGGCGCUGUCGUACGUCUGGGGCAAUCCAAAACCAGAGGACCUGGUCAACAUCGAACUUGGUGGUCAGCCGGCGUCCGUCACGCCCAAUCUUUACUCUGCGCUCUCAUAUCUACGUCUCGCAUCGGCGUCAAGACUCCUCUGGAUUGACGCUCUGUGCAUCAACCAAGCAAAUGUCGAAGAGAGGAAUUCACAGGUUGCCAAGAUGGCCACGAUCUACCAGAGAGCUUCUGCUGUUCUGAUAUUUCUCGGCGAGGAGGAGAGUAACAAGAAGCGCAGCGAGAAUCUAUCCUACGCUGACUUGUUUACAUUCCUCAACCGAGAUGUGGACAUUUACGGUAUCCACGAAGAUGAGGAUUACGACAAAAAAGAACAAGAACAGCGACGGUUCAGGCAGGCGCUUCAGGAGACAGGCGUUCGGAAGGUUUCCUUGCUCCGGACCUUCUAUCAUCUUUGUUCCAGAGAAUGGUGGAACCGUCUAUGGAUCCUGCAGGAGUAUGCCAUCGCUUCGACGGACCCUAUCUUCAUGCUCGGAACCUGGCAAACAAGCGGAAGUGCUCUAUUGAGAGACAUGGACAUGCUCGCAAACGAACAUCGAAGAGCGUUCAGACAGGAGGAAACAAGGAUCCUCCUUUACAACUCUACGCCCUACUAUCCCAUGACGCAGGCGUCAGGCGUGCUCAAUUGCCGUCCAGCCAGGACUGACGGAUUUGAGUACAAGUCUUGGCUGUAUCCGCUGCUCCUCUCGACCCAUUCUUGGUGCAUGGACCGUCGCGAUAUUAUCUAUGGACGCCACGCUCUGAUGCAUCCUGUGUUGCAACAACUCCUAGGGCCGGAUUACAGCCUCACCACAGAGGAGUUAUACGAAAAGGUGGCCAUUUGGCUUCUCAUGUUUGAGAGAGGCGUCAGCAUGUUUUGGGACUUCCCGGUACGUCUGUCGCCCGACUUGCCAUCGUGGGUUCCCGACUUCUCCAGGCCAAGACGAAUGUCCGAGGUGGACAUGAAAUGGGAAGUCUAUGAAGAGAAACUCUGUUUCGAUCCCUAUCCGACCAUCUACAAUGGUGAAAUGGCCCUCUACGGCCGUCCUAUCGACACCAUCAAGGAGGUGUUCCAGCUACGCCCACAAUCAGAAGACUUUAGGGCCGACCUGGUCCGAAGACUCUGGUUCUUGGAUAUUGGCCUUGCGACUCUUGGUCCUCGUUAUCCGCUGUGGCAGCGACAUUUCUUAUCUGCAAAGCUCCCCGGGAUGUACGCUGAGCAGCCUUUGCAUGCAUGGUGUACGAGUGCGGAGUCCAGCCGGGACACCAGCUCCCCGGCAUUUCUCCUCGACAGUGUAACCAUGAAAAUGUUGGAAGAGGUCAUCCAUAGUGUUGUCAGCCCUGUGAAGGAAAAGGUGGACAGAGAGAAGGCCAUUGCAGACUGUAUGGCCCCCAUCAUGGGCAAAACAGGCAAGACAUCACCCGCCUUUGAGAGGGCUCGUGAUAGCCUCAAACGGCUCUCUCUGAAGCUGGGCUCCAUCAAGGCGUUUCUCCUGAACACGAAUACUACUCAUCCCGACUUUCUCGGAGCGGCAUUCUUCGACUUUGACCGUUUAGCCGAGAGCCUGAAGUGUCUACGCACGCCAUCUUUGGACGAGCCGACUGGCAUAGAUGCCCCUCAGCGCAGGUUUGUCAAGGCCAUACUUGAGAGAGUACGAGUAGGCACACACAGUGGUGGCACCAGGCCUCGCAACGGAGACAUGAAAAACGGCCACACCAAGGACCCCGCCAGUCCCUUCCCCGGACUUCCGCUACCGAACUAUGGGGUCAUUCAAAGCUGGGUCGAGAAUGAUACCGCAUUCGCAGAAGAAGUGGAGCUUAUUUCUACCCUGCUCCUUCAGAUUGCAUGCAGGGCCAAGGAGAGCGACUGUGACAUGUUUCAAGACACAUUCAAUGAGUUGGAACAAAUCACGAUACUCGACUUCCUCGAGGACACAAAGCUGAAGGAUUGGGUUGCCACCUUCAACAAACUCAGGCAACAGUACUCGAGUCGUUCCAGCAUUCGGAGGAGUGUAGUUCGCUCUGAGGGUGCCCGGUUGUUUGAAGACCGGACAUUUUUUGUCACAAAUUCAGGCUUGGUCGGCGUAUCAGGGAAUGGCACCGAGGGUGUUGCCGUCGGCGAUGAGGUCAUCAUGUUGGACGCCGCACCCAUGCCCAUGGUUCUUCGAGGUGGUAAGGGCAGUGGAAAGACGCAGCACGAAAUUGUCGGAUACGCUCAUGUACGGGGACUGGAGCCGUCCAAGGUUUUGGACCUGCCUGAGCAGUGGUGGCCAGACCUGCGGCUAUUCAAGAUUGUGUAG